CCACAUCACACCAAACCAAGUGCGCAGUUGACAGCGCAUCCUCACCAGACCCACCCUCUCCCAAAUUCGCAAAAUCGCAUAACGUAAAAAAUCGAAGGAUGACAGGUUACAAUCCAAACCCGUCAGAUGGGCCCCACCCAUGUUCCAACCCAAUUAAAUUUCGCUCAUUAACGGGACCGUCACAAGCCGUCACGGUUCAUCCCAAACACUCAUUCACGGUAAAUUCCUUCCGUCAAAACACCUCGCCUCCAGCCCCCCACAACGACGUCCCGUCCUCCCUCCCUUCCCUAACGUCGUCGUUCCUCCACACGCUCUAACCCUAACCCUAACGUCCUUCCUCUAAUGGCCUCCUGUGACGACGACUUCUCUAUCCUCGGUGAUGAGUCAGACCCCAACCACCAUCUCCCCCACGCGCCCACCUCCCACCACCUUCACCAGCCCUACGCGCCGCCUCACCGUUUGUCCACUACCAGGGCAACAUCGGUCCACGCGCCUCCCGCCCAGCCUGUGCUUAGCCCCACCAGCUCGGACAAGGUUGGGGCCGGAGAGGAGCAAGAUGACGGAGAGGGUUACAGCGAGGCAGCGGCGUUCUGUCGGAACCCUUUCGACGGUGAUGCCGACCAGAACGGCGUCGUUGGCGUCGAUUCGCAGAGUGAGAAGAGAAAAGAUCAUCAUCAUCUGGAAGAGCUCAGCGAUGGAGGAGGUGGUGGAGCUUCGUACGGUUACAAGAAGCCGAAACCGUCGCCGGCUACUGGAGGUGCGUCGAGCGGUGGCGGUGGAGAGUACAGGAAGGACAGGGAGGAGUGGAGCGAUGCGGCGAUUGCAUGCCUUCUCGAUGCGUAUACGGAGAAGUUCACGCAGCUGAAUAGAGGGAAUCUGAGAGGGAGGGAUUGGGAGGAGGUCGCGGCCACCGUGAGCGAGCGGUGCGAGAGGCAAUGCAAGAGCGUCGAGCAGUGCAAAAACAAGGUUGAUAAUUUGAAGAAGCGGUAUAAGUUGGAGAGGCAUAGGAUGAGCAAUGGCGGUAUCUCGGCCAGCCAUUGGCCUUGGUUCAAGAAGAUGGAGCAGAUUGUUGGCAAUUCCUUACCCAUGAAGGUCGCAUCAGAUGAGGAAAAGGGUGCUGGUUCUUCCGGGAACACAACUCGACAGUCAAAGAGAUGUGCAAUGGCAACACCCAGUUCCACUGGUCAGAUGAAUAACAUGAAGCCCAAGUCAACGGCAAAUCAUAGAUGGCAGAGAGUAGUUUUUAAAAUUAGUGGAGCUGCUCUUGCUGGCACUGCUCCAAAUAAUAUUGACUCAAAGGUUGCCAUGCUGAUUGCUAGAGAAGUUGCAAUGGCUUGCCGCAUUGGUGUUGAGGUCGCAAUUGUUGUUGGAGGUCGUAACUUCUUCUGUGGGGAGACAUGGGUAACCACAACAGGUCUAGAUAGAAGUACUGCAUACCAAAUUGGUAUGAUGGCUACCGUGAUGAAUUCAAUAUUGCUCCAGUCAGCAUUAGAAAAGAUGGGAGUCCAGACUCGUGUCCAAACUGCAUUUUCAAUGCUGGAGGUUGCUGAACCAUACAGUAGGCAACGGGCAAUCAGGCAUCUUGAAAAAGGGAGAGUUGUAAUAUUUGCUGGCAUUGGUGCUGGGACAGGAAAUCCACUCUUUUCUACUGACACAGCUGCAGCUCUUCGAGCUUUGGAGAUUCAUGCCGAGGCAGUCCUCAAGGGUACAAAUGUAGAUGGUGUGUAUGACUGCAUCUCUCAAGACAACAAUUUCACAUUUGAGCACAUCUCGUUCAGGGAGUUGGUUGCCCGAGGUGCUACCUCAAUGGACUCAAUGGCACUGACCUUCUGCGAAGAGAACAGAAUUCCUGUUGUUGUAUUUAAUCUCCUAGAGCCUGGAAACAUCUCCAAAGCAUUAUGCGGAGACCAAGUUGGUACACUGAUUGAUCAAACUGGAAGGAUUAGCUAAGAUCUAUGGGGGCUGUGAACUGGUGUAUUAUUAAGUGUUGUAACCUCAGAUGCUAUAUCGGGUUAACUUCAACAGACAGACCCGUUUAAUUUCUAUUGGUGGGUACGUAGCGGUCAGCCGCUGGGAGAUACUUCUCGAUGGGGCUUGAAUGUGUGCACCCAUGAUACAUAUUUUGCCGUCUGUAGUGUAUAUAGAAGGUGGAGUUAGAGUUGUAACAUGCCGGAUGCUUACUUAUUGCUCUGCAUCAUUUGAUGCUGAUUUUUCUUUUUUAUUUGUAAAUGUUACUUAAAACUCUGAAACAACGCUUAGUUUGUUUGUAGAUUUUAUUUAUUUGGGCUUUGGCCCUUUAGUUUACCCACAAAAAAGAACUUGCGGAAUUUACUUAAUA